AUGUCAAUACAUACGUCUCAGCCACUCAUAAGGUUCGCCAGCGGGACUUUCUCGCAAAAACAAGAGCGCUCUAGGGACCCUGCCUGGCCUGCCACGCAUUCGCGAUCUUGGCGACGCCGUUCGCAGAGUUCUUGCGACUAUCGAUUGAAGACGGAUACCUAUCUCAACGGCUGCCAGUCGCUCGAUGAGGAUAAUCUUCCAACCUCGCCUGGCAGAUCAUACCCACCCAGCAUCCCAAUCAAUAGCGAUCCAAAGACGCCUGACAGAGCUUCCUUGGCCUUGAUCACAAAGUUCCUUAGAAUCUCAAGAAUCAGGACCAACAUGGCGAGCCAGGGUCUCUUCGAAACCGCGAAACCCCUUGCAAUCCCACCAUGCGUGCAAAUCAGCAACAGCGCAAAAGUGCGUUGUACCGGAACGGCCGAGACUCGUGCAGGAGGAGACCAAACCUCUUUGAGCCAGCCGAUCUGCCGUCCUACGGGCCUGCUUACGCCAAGCCCUUCCGGCCCACGAGACUCUCGAAACUCAACCGAAGAGUCGACAAGACUUUUGCAGCUUUUGCAGCUUUCUCGUAGAAUAGCCAUAGAGCGAACUGAUCCAUUCAUCUUGAUAACAUCAUUUCCUGGCCUUGUUUUGGAUUCUCGUGUGUACGAUACAGUGGGUGAGCAACACGAUAUUGACGACGACUUUGAACUUCACGUGUAUUCCAUUGCCCUUUCAACCACUAUCAAGCCAAACCCCUAUAUGCAUGGGCGGAUUGCGGCGCAGUACAGCGGCGACUCCGUUAUCGGUACCCUCACUUCCCGGCUGACCAACAUCGCGUAUGGUGGAUACACCUACUCAAGCAAAGUCAAAAUUGGCAACGAUCUUGGUCAUGACCGCCGGAAACCUGGGUCUGGUGGUCAGCUUAUCGAAAAUCUGGACAUCUUUGCCUUGACGUCGGUCAAAGGGUUGGGCAACUUUGGAAUGACGUUCUUGUACCGGGCCCGACCUUCCGAGAUGGAAAACGAUGUGGAAUCACCCGAUGGAGGGCGUUGGGUUCAGUCAGAUAAACAACUGCCCUGCAGACACCAGCGUGCGACGGUCGUGGCUAGUGUCUACAAGGAAACAGACGCAUACUUACUUGCACACCCGCUGCGGACUGCUUGCUCCCCAUAG